ACGUGCUAGACACUCCUCACCCUCCUGCUGUGCCAAUAUUGUGCAUAGAGGGGGCCUCCUGAUACGCUGAGCUGACCAAGGACAUGUGUGAAACGAUGGUCGGCCUAACAGAUGCCUAGAAAAUUAGAGUGUGGCGAGGUAUACGGGAUGGCGGACAUGCCAACCGUCAGACAGACAGCAGAUGGGAUCCGGGUGGGAGCGCUAAGCCCGUUAAUAAGCGGAAUGGCAAUCAGGGUUGGUGGCCGUGGAAUUAUGCCCACUGCAAAAAAGGACGCGCCCAUACAUCCCCCAUUCGUCGAGCAAUUAUCUCAGCAGGAACUAGGUCUGCAGGCCGAACGGGGGAUAUUCAUCCCCCUCGAGUCGGGUCAGAUGUACGAAAAAAAAAGGAUCAGAAUCCUUCCAUUUGCUUCCCGAUCGGUCCUUAGGGUAGCUUGA